UCUGAGGAAGUGCAAUCCCUCAAGUUUUUUCUGCACCCAUAAAGACUAGUUGGUGAGGUGAAUUCAAUACAUGAGCUCACAUUCACAGUACUGAGCAAUCCAAAACCAGGCAUGGAAUGGAGAUCAGAGGACGCCAAGAGAAAGCUGAGCAAUGAAGAAAACGGAACGGGCCCAGAAAACGGAACUCCCUCCGACCCGGCCGAUUCCACUCCUCUUUUCGACAAAGCCGUAACGCCCAGCGACGUGGGGAAGCUUAACCGCCUUGUGAUUCCCAAGCACCACGCUGAGAAGUACUUCCCAAUGGACGUGCAUUCCAACGAAAAGGGGCUGCUCUUGAACUUCGAGGACACCGCGGGCAAAACGUGGCGGUUCCGUUACUCCUACUGGAACAGCAGCCAGAGCUACGUUCUCACCAAGGGCUGGAGCCGGUUCGUCAAGGACAAGAAACUGGUAGCCGGUGACAUUGUUUCUUUUCACAGAGGAACAACAGAAGCCCACCAGCUUUACAUCUCAUGUCGGCACAGGAAGCAACCUGCUUCUCCGGUAACAAAAGGAGCCCUCGGUUUUGGUUUUGGUGUUGGUGUUGGCUACAGGCCUUUCAAUUCAGCAGCGAGUGCUUAUAAUCCCCAAUGGAUGCACGUCUUUUGGCCCAAUUACAGACCGCGCCUCGGUCCUAUGGAGCGUCUGGUGUGCCCACCUGCUAAUCCUCUGGUGGGUGGUUCUGGCCCUGAGAAGAUGCCUGGAAAAGUAGAGGAGACUCAGCCAAAGAAGAAGGAAGUGAGGGUCUUCGGGGUCGAUUUGGCGGUGUCCCAAAGUUUGGAAGGGCCAAUGCAGUUUCCAGAGUAAUGGCUGUUCUAAUGGACAUUAAGUUUUUACAAUUCAUAUGUUAGGAAUCGGGUGUUUCUGGAUUAGAUUGUGUGAAGUUUUUUGAUAUGAGCGGAUCAUACUCUGUGAUCCAUGGUCAGGAUGAUAGUGAACAAACAAAAUAGAAUGUAUGCUCUGUAUAUUAUUAACUCUGGUACAUAGUUUAUAAUUAUUGACUGGUAGUGAACAAACAAAAUAAAAUGUAUGCUCUGUAUAUUUC